AUGGCUAAUCAUCAAGUAGAUAUUCUUGUCGUGAAUCUGAACGAGAAGGAGCUGAACGGCUUGGCGAAGAGGACACGACUAGUCAUAUCGACUGUGGGCCCAUUUCUGCUCUAUGGGUCGGAGACCUUCGCUGCCUGUGCUCGAAAUGGCACGCAUUACUUGGACUGUACGAUAGAACCGCAAAAGAAACCGGGAGCAUUCUACAUCCGCCGCCAUUUCAAUGCGCAGACAGGCCGUGUCGAUGUUUGUAUCCACGGUGUCCAAAGCGGUGUCAGUGGUGGAACGUUGGCAUCGGUUCUGCAAGCAUUUGAGCUCCAUUCCCUUCGCCAUCUCUACAAAGCUCAUGCCCCGUAUUCUCUAUCCCCAAGGCAACCCUCGCCAACUGUGCCCACUAAACCAACUAGUAUUUGGACCAAGCUCUUCGGACUACUCUGGAUCAAAAGACUAGGUUGGAUGGCAUAUCAACCGCAAGGACCAGUCGACCGAGCGAUUGUUCAUAGAUCAUGGGGCUUGCUAGAAUCAACUACUGUUUCAUAUGGCCAGAACUUCGAUUUUCACGCAUGGUUUAAGAUCUGGGGACCCGUGGCGGCGAUAUUGUGGCAUUUUGGAGGACUCAUGUUGGCGCCGCUGAUCCUCCUACGCCCUAUUCGAAAGUUGCUUCCGAAACUUUGGUAUGAACCCGGUGGUGGUGCAGGUCAGAGUGAUAUUGAGAACAACUGGUUCGAGUAUCGGUGUGUCGCCGAGGCAGACACCCCGACUAAGCCGAAGCAAAAGGCCUUGGUUCGUAUGCGUUAUGAGAGUGAUCCCUACAUAUUUACAGCUGUCGCCUUGGGAGAAGCAGCUCGGAUUCUUCUUUGGCAGAAGGAUACAUGGGCACACAAGUUUGGUGGCGGGGUGUUGACCUCUGCCACCCUGGGAGAUCACUAUGUAUCUCGGUUGAGAGCUGCCGGGGUGACCAUGGAAGUUCAAGCCGACGAUCCGGUAUAUAAGGGGAAAGAUCCGUUUACCAAGGUUUGA